UCAGUGUCUUUCUUUAUGUUGUGUUUUUAAUUUAUAUUACACUCUCAAUCUAACAACUAUCAAUCGAACUAUGUCCAAUAAAAUAGGAAUCUCGUAAAUAACAACAAACUCCAGCCGCGAAUUAGCAUUUCAAAAUUAUGCUGUUUGAAAUUCACUCAUUUAGUUUGCGCUGAUUUUUUUUUGCCUCAUCUCCUAAUGUUCAACUUUCAUCACCACUUUUUUGGGGUACUAUUUUGUAUCCAAACUACAAUUUCAAUACGACGAUGUAGGCGAAUGAGAAAAUGAUUUUUUUUGUUGGAUCAGCAUUAAAGCUGCUCGUGCAUUUUCUUAUCACCUGUCCUUUGACGUGGAGUGAACCUUUUGUACCCUGCUGCCAAUCUGCACGAGUAAUUUGAAGACACGGUGAAAUGCCUGAUUUAGAUAUUGAUGAGAUGGAAAACGCGGAGAGUGGUGGUGCAGCACAAACGGAUUUCAUCUAUUGCUAUGGAGCCAUCACAGAGGUUCUAAGAUGUGGCCCUCCUUACUUACACACUGGACAUAAAGUUCUUGUUUUAGUUAUUCCUGGUAACCCUGGUGUAGUGGGAUUUUACAGAACAUUCAUACAAACACUUUAUGCUCUGUUUGGCUGCCACCACCCAGUGUGGGCUGUGAGCCAUGCUGGACACUGUACGCCUCCUGCAUCCAUGGACAUGGUGGAAGAUGCCGACUCAACGACUGAUCUGGACACGUUUGGUCUGAACGGUCAGAUAGAACACAAGCUGACAUUCAUCAGGAAGCAUGUCCCAAAGGAGACAAACCUCAUCCUGGUGGGACACUCCAUUGGCUGCUACAUAAUUUUGGAAAUAAUGAGGAGAGAUCCCAGUCUUAAGAUUCUGAAGGCCGUCAUGCUGUUCCCAACUAUUGAACGCAUGGCACAGACUCCCCAGGGGAAGACUAUGACCCCUGUGCUGUGUCACAUGCGGUACAUUGCCUACCUGUCAAUCUUCCUGCUCUCCCUCCUGCCUGAGACAUUCAAACGCAGUCUGGUCAAACUGGUUUUUGCUGGCAUUGGUUCUCUGGACAGCUCAGUUGUCCAGCCGACUGUCGGCCUCCUCAGUGGCGAUUCUGCAGCUAAUGCUGUGUACAUGGCGGGGCAGGAAAUGAGGAAGGUUUUGCAACGAGAUAAUGUGACCAUUAAGAAAAACCUUGAAAAGCUCAUAUUUUAUUAUGGAGCAACAGACCAUUGGUGUCCUGUGCAAUACUAUAAUGAGAUCCAGGAGGACUUCCCAACCGGAGAUUUUAGACUUUGUGAAAAUGGAUUUCGUCAUGCUUUUGUACUGGAUGCUGGGAGAGAAGUUGCAAAAAUGAUAGCAGGAUGGAUCCAGCCUCAUUUGAGGAUUUGACAUAUUGUAUCUGUCUUUCCAUUCUGUGCGCUCAUCGUCUGGGAUGAUGAUGCUGAUUGUCGGUGAGGUUUAUUUGUUAAAUGACUCUGAAAGUUAAAUAGAGAGAGAGAGAGAGACACUAACCUUUUUCACUGGUGCACCCAAUCUCUUGCCUUUAGUGCGCUAGCGCAAAAGUCAGAUGUACCCUAAUUUCCGACUGCAUUGUAACAUCAUUCACCACCUCAGUUUUUUAAGUUCACUGUAUUUUUUUCAAACAAAAUUUCUGCCUGUCUUUUAAAGGCGGUAUUGACUGGUAAGUGAUUAACUCACAAAAUGGUCAUCAUCAUUCUUUAUUUGAACCACAUUUCCACAAGACAGGUAACUCACUCAAAAGUGGUGCUUCAAGUGCUCCCUGUGAGUGUUGUUAAUGAAUUUUGAACAGGCCGGGCUUUAACGUGACAUUCAAGAAGUCGACAAUCGUUCCUAUCAUCCACAGCUACUUCAACUCUAUUUCUGGUGGCCGUAGGUCACUCACCUAGGCCUGUCACAAUAACACACUUGUGUAACGAGAGAACUCAGGAUCAACUAAUCCAGGGUACUUUUGUGUUUGAUGAAACGGCACCAUCUAUUCAUCCGGGCAAGUUCGACAAUGGCGCUGCAACGUCCGGCGGCUUACCAAGAAAGCUGCCCAUCUUCCGCUCCGACUGCAGUAAAAAGUGUUAUGUUGUGGGUUACAAUAAAUAAAGAUGAUUUCUUGGA